CAGCCACGGAGGACUGUAAAGUCAGGCUGCACCGCAGGAUGGAAAGCAGGUGCGGGUCUCUUUGUGGAUGCUGGAGACAGGAACUGGAACCUGGAGAAACAAGCCACAGGAGAGAGAGACUGGAACAAGGGGCUGGCUAACCACAUUGAUGCCUUAUGAAUUCCUACACACUGCUGGAAUGUAAAGAGUCUAUGAACCCCCUGCGGAUCAGUGUGGGUGGUCUCCCUGUUCUGGCCUCCAUGACAAAGACUGCAGACCCCCGUUUCCGGCCACGCUGGCGUGCCAUUGUGCUGUCUGGAGUUUGCUUAGCACUGAUACUGCUGUUUAUCUGUUUUCAUCGGUCUUCAAGCCCACCAAUUGCAGGCCCCAAUGCUCACAACUGGAGGAUGGGUCAGCUUCUGGCAGGCCAACUCUAUAAUGACACCUACCCACUUACCCCUCCUCAGAGGACCCCUGAAGGACUUCGAUACCAAAUUGCAAUCAUUGCUGAUCUAGAUACUGAUUCUCGCAGCUCCAAAGACAACACAUGGUUCAGUUACCUGAAAAAAGGUCACCUAACCCUGUUUAAUAGUGGAGACCGUGUCACAGUGGAAUGGGACAAAGAAGACAUUGUCUUGGAGACUCAUGUGGCAGAAAAAGGGCGAGGAAUGGAACUUUCUGAGCUAAUAGUGUUUAAUGGAAAGUUGUACUCUGUAGAUGAUCGCACAGGGAUAGUGUACAGACUGGAGGGAAGCAAAGCUGUGCCAUGGGUCAUACUAACAGAUGGAGAUGGGACAGUGGAUAAAGGUUUUAAAGCAGAGUGGCUUGCAGUGAAGGAUGAACGUCUUUAUGUAGGGGGACUAGGGAAGGAGUGGACGACAACGACUGGCAAGGUGCUGAAUGAAAACCCUGAGUGGAUAAAGGUGAUAGGUUCUCUGGGGGAUGUCCAGCACCACAACUGGGUUCCUAAUUACAACUUGUUGCGGGAAGCUGCUGGAAUACAGCCUCCAGGAUACUUGAUCCACGAGUCUGCAGCUUGGAGUGACUCUCUGCAUAGCUGGUUUUUCCUUCCACGUCGAGCCAGUAAAGAAAGAUACAGCGAGGUAGAGGACGAACAGCGUGGCGCUAACAUACUUCUGCGUGCCUCUGCCGAUUUCUCUGAUAUUGCACUUUCUCAUGUGGGGACACAAAUUCCCACCCAUGGUUUCUCUUCAUUUAAAUUUAUCCCCGGCACAGAUGAUCAGAUCAUCGUGGCUCUGAAGUCAGAAGAAAACAAAGGCCAGGUGGCCACAUACAUCACUGUCUUUAUUCUGGAUGGUCGAGUUCUGUUGCCUGAGACGAAGAUUGGGAACAUCAAAUAUGAAGGAAUUGAGUUUAUCUGAUAUUAUGAUCCGUUAGUUAUAACGUAAAAGGAUGUGCUCACAGAUGUGAUUGUGUGAUCAUCCAAAUGCCAUUUUGCCAUUAACUGCUAUUACUGACACUAUUUAUAAAUGAGAUGACUGAAUCACUGGAGGUUUCACAGAUUAAUCUGCAUACAUGUUUAGAAUGUACCAUAGAAAAGCUGAUGACAUCAUCAUUUUUAUUAAACAUAUUUUUAAUAUA